UAAAUUUAGGCGGGAAUAAUCGGAUUUAAAUAUUUUGCUUAGUUUAAGAACGGACUCAAAACAUUAACAGGCUUUAUUCUUUCGGCCCAACUAUUUUGAAAAGCUAUAUUUAUGAAACGGUAUACAGUACUGUUGUCUUCAUCGGUGACCAGUAACAACAUCACCGGACAAAUCGUUAGCGAAGUUGAAAUUACUUCCAUUUCUGAAAGAUUCAAGCUUUUCUCUGCGAUACCCAGUUAGAAAAUCCCCGUUUUUUUCCCAGCUUUGUUGUGCUCAUGGUGAUUGAAACACUCAGAGAAAAGGUUAUGGUUUUUUGUUACUUGAAUGGUUCUAUUAAGUAUGGUGCUGAUGGCGUGUACUAUGAAGGAUCCAUUCUUAAAAAGAUCACGGUUAUGCGAAAGACUUCGUUAAGCACUUUAUUGGAUAGGCUUUAUCAAAUUUUUGGAUUAGAUAAGCAGAGAUCAAAGCUCAAAAUCUUCGGUAGGUACCCUGUAGCUGUAGUUGGUUCACCGGAUCUGUUUACGUAUGCGCAUCUUCCCGUGGUUAACGACACUAGUUUGGAGACUAUGCUUGAGGUACCAAGCCACCAUCCUUCUAUAAACAAUGUGGAUCUCUAUAUGGAAGCUAAACCAACUUCUGAUGACGUUAUUGAUCCUGCUGUUUGUUUGUCGCCGUUGGAAAAUCCCAGUAGUUCCUUGAAAAGACAGAGGACACAACAUGAAAGGAUGGAUACAAUUUCAGGCUCAGAUGGCUGCUUGGUUAAAGUUGUCAAUUCUGGUGUUUUAAAACCGUGUCUUCUGCCUAGACUGUGGAUUGAUGACGAUCAUGACAUGCAUGUAGGACUGUGUUUUAAAGAUAGAGAUGAGCUGAAGAAGGCAGUGGACUGGUGGUCCAUUAAAAGGCGGCGUAAGUGUAUAGUAAGAGAGACUGAGAAGGACAUGUAUAUGUUUGAGUGCGUAAGAUGGAAAUGCAAGUGGUCAUUAUGUGCAGCUAGAAUGGAAAAACACGGGCUUGUUGAGAUAACCAGAAAUACUGCCCCACAUACUUGUAGUCCUAAAGAUUUUGAAGCGAAAUUUUUAGAAGAUGAGAUUGAACGUGUGGUAAGGGUACAUCCCACACUCUCAAUUGCAGAGUUGAAGAACUGGUGGAAAAGAAAAAAUGGCUAUAAGCUUGAAACUGCAGAGAUGAAGGAAGCAAAAAAGAAAGCUAUCAAAAGAGUCUUUGGAGAUGAGGAUCAGAGUUUCAGAGUCAUGCCGAAAUUAAUGUCUGCCUUUCACUCUUCUAAUGGGCUGCUUGUGGACUGGCUAUAUGAUUGUUUUCCUAACCCUGAAUUUGCAUCUUUCCGUGCCGUGUUUUGGGCGUUUUCACAGUCCAUUAAAGGGUUUCAACACUGUCGACCUCUGAUCAUAGUGGAUUCCAAAGACUUGAACGGUAAGUAUCCUAUGAAAUUUAUGAUUGCCUCAGGGGUAGAUGCAGCCAACGAUUUUUUUCCUCUUGCAUUUGCGGUUACUAAAGAACUGUCCACUGAUAUUUGGCGUUGGUUUCUCACUGGAAUCAGAGAGAAGGUUACACAAAGGAAAGGCCUUUGCCUUAUCUCCAGUUCCCACCCUGAUAUACUUACUGUUAUUAACGAAUCCGGGUCUCAGUGGCAAGAACCCUGGGCUUAUCACAGGUUAUGUCUGGAUCAUGUGAGCACCGAAUUCUCUCACAUUUUUUCAGGUGACAACCUGGGGAGUCCUGUGUGGUCUGCUGGAUCCACGAGUCAGAAGGAUGCUUUUGAUUCCUACAUGAAGGAGAUCGAAAAGAGGAACCCAGAAGCUCGGAGAUUGUUAGCCCAAACCCCUCCACAUCAGUGGGCUCUUGCUCACGACAGUGGUCUGAGAUUCGGAGUCAUGGAGUUAGAACCAGAAGAUAUGUUUCCAGUUUGUACAGAUCUUCAGUAUUAUACCACCGCGGAUGUGAUGCUUAUGUUUGAUGAUUUGAGAUCCUCAUUCGGUAAGUCUCUUAGUUCUAGCCGUUGCUCUCUUAACCGAGGCGAAUUGUACACAAAACCUGUCAUGGACAGGUUUGAAGAGUUCAUGACAGAUUCCAUUACUUACGUUAUAACGCCGUUAGAGAGAGAUUCAUUUAAGGUCUCAGAGUCCUCAAAAAAGGAGGAAUGGAUUGUCCAGUUAAACGACUCAACCUGCACGUGUGGGAAGUUUCAAAGUUACAAGUUCCCAUGUCUACACGCUCUAGCAGUUUGUGAGAAGCUCAAAAUCAACCCUUUGCAGUAUGUAGACGACUGUUACUCUGUUGAACGGUGGUGCAAAACUUACGCUGCUACAUUUUCACCUGUUCCAGAAGUUUCAGCUUGGCCAGAAGCUUCAGGAGUUCCAACCUUGUUUCCUCCUAGUCCGCCUAAUUAACUCAUCAGGUAAGUCCUAACACAUAACUAGUAAGAAGAAGAGCUGAAAGUUAGAUGGAUUUGUGUCAAACCAAACCGAGCAUUUUGGUUGAUUAUGCUAGUAACUAUGUAGUAUCUUUUGACUUUAGGUAAGUAGGAUAAGUCCGGUUCCGGUUAUAUAACGGAGACAUGUUAUGUUAUGUGUAUGUGACAAUUAAUCCAGCUUGUUCAUAAGCACUUUUGGUGAUCCCCUAAAAACCAAUAUGAAAAUAGUAUGUCUAUGUGUGUUUUUAGCUUGGUUACAUGUAUAUUUUCUUAAACAAAGUUUCUUAUCUGCAAGGAGGCUUAAUGUGGACAAAUUCAUCCUGUAAAUACUAGUUCUACAAAUUGUACAUAC